GUCUGGAGUGGAUCUGCCGGGAAGCAGCUUAUAGAAAGUGCGAGCAAUAGGAGCAAUGGCAAUCGAGGAUAUUGGCCUGGUGGGCAUCAACGUGCGGAUGUGGCGGCACUUGGCCGUGCUGUACCCCACUCCGGGCUCCAGCUGGCGCAAGUUCGCCUUCGUGCUGCCGGUGACUGCGAUGAAUCUGAUGCAGUUCGUCUACCUGCUGCGGAUGUGGGGCGACCUGCCCGCCUUCAUCCUGAACAUGUUCUUCUUCUCGGCCAUUUUCAACGCCCUGAUGCGCACGUGGCUGGUCAUAAUCAAGCGUGGCCAGUUCGAGGAGUUCCUCGACCAACUGUCCACUCUGUUCCACUCCAUUCUCGACUCCACCGACGAGUGGGGGCGUGGCAUCCUGCGGCGGGCGGAACAGGAGGCUCGCAAUCUGGCCAUUCUUAAUUUGAGUGCCUCUUUCCUGGACAUUGUCGGCGCUCUGGUCUCGCCUCUUUUCAGGGAGGAACGAGCUCAUCCCUUCGGCGUUGCGCUGCCAGGAGUGAGCAUGACCAGCUCGCCCAUAUACGAAGUCAUCUACUUGGCCCAGCUGCCCACGCCCCUGCUGCUGUCCAUGAUGUACAUGCCCUUCGUCAGCCUCUUCGCCGGCCUGGCCAUCUUCGGAAAGGCCAUGCUGCAGCUCCUGGUGCACAGGCUGGCCCAGAUUGGCGGAGCGGAGCAGCCAGAGGAGGAGCGCCUCCAGAGGCUGGCCUCCUGCGUUGCGUACCACACUCAGGUGAUGCGCUAUGUGUGGCAGCUCAACACACUGGUGGCCAACAUUGUGGCUGUGGAAGCCAUUAUUUUUGGCUCCAUAAUCUGCUCACUGCUCUUCUGCCUGAAUAUUAUAACCUCACCCACCCAGGUGAUCUCGAUAGUGAUGUACAUCCUGACCAUGCUGUACGUGCUCUUCACCUACUACAACCGCGCCAAUGAAAUUUGCAUCGAGAACAACCGGGUAGCGGAGGCCGUUUACAAUGUGCCCUGGUAUGAAGCCGGAACCCGCUUUCGCAAAACCCUCCUGAUCUUCCUGAUGCAAACACAACACCCGUUGGAGAUAAGAGUCGGCAACGUUUACCCCAUGACUUUGGCCAUGUUCCAGAGUCUGUUGAAUGCCUCCUACUCCUACUUCACCAUGCUGCGUGGCGUCACCGGCAAAUGAGCUGAGCGACCGAAAAAACCAGGGUAUCCCUUCUCACUCCUCCAGCAAUCCGGUUAAUGCAAAAAGUUGUUGCUGGCUGUGGUCCUGGCUGCUUGUUUGGCAUUUGCAUAUGCUCGUCGUUUGAAAGGAUUUAAUCGGACUGCUGGCACGGAGUCGGCAUCCUGGCUCCUGGUGCCUGGUGCCUGGCUUGUGGAUGCUGGCAUGCAAAUAGUUGGCUUCUUAGAUUGUUACACAAAAUAGAUUGUAGAUUGCAGCAGAAUGUUGUGCUUAGAAUAAAGUCAAACGAAUGUGG